AUGGCGCUAUUAUCCCUAGAACUGUCAAAUCUAAGCCUGUCUCAUGAUAUCUUGAAUACCAAGUUAAGUGACAGUGGAUUCGAACUGAAAUGGCUACUCAAUUGCCUACUGGAACCUGACACUAACUUCGACAAGCUUGAUUUGGACUUUAACAACAUUGUCAAGGUAGAAAACUUGUUUUAAAACACUCUUAAAAGUCUUGUCGUUUUUUGAAUAAAUAGCUCACAGCAAAAAACGACAAGACUUUUUUUAGCCUAUAGUCAUUUCACUUUGUGGACUAGUAAGUUUUAAACACUGUACUAAAUUUAAAAAAAUCCUUAAAGAGCUAAGCCUAAAGCUAUGUUUAAUAAAAUUUUGCUUUGCGUAUCUUACAAAACCCAAUUUUUAGGUAACAACAACUGACAUUGGAGCCGGAAAAGGUCAUUUGAGUAGAGUAUACCUAGUUACUCUGUUCUUUUCUACUGAUGAACAACUUGAUUUGGUCGUCAAAGUGCCUACAAUCGCCAUUUUGAAUGCUAUUAGAGCUCAUACUGGACAGGAGGUAAGUUUUAAACUAAGUCUCAAGCUGUGGCUAAGCUUAAAAGUUAGGCUAUGAGCUAGGAUUAAUAAUGAGACUAAAGCUAAGACUAAACUUGAAGCGAAGGCUAAGAAUAAACCAAAGGCUUGGACUACGUCCAACGAAAAAUCUAAACCAUUACCUGAAGCCGUGACUAAGGCUAAGGCUAAGACUAAGGCUAAGGCUAAAGAAGACUGAGAUUAAAUACAAAAAUACAGCUAGAUUAAGAUAAGACUAAUAACAGUAGACUACUGUAGUCUUUUUCAGAUGUAUCAAGAAGACUCUUCAGGAGCUCAACUAGUCUACGAGUCUCAUAAUCGAGAAUGCGAAUUCUAUGAAAUGGUUCGAAACCAAAACCCCUCCAAAACCCACACGCCAAAGGCGUAUUUUAUCAAAAAAGUCGGUCCAAUACCGACUGAAGAUCGUGGAGUACUGGUACUAGAAAGUUUGGCCAAGUCAUCCUUAUCAGUAGGACUAUUUGAAAGUGCUACAAAAGAGAUGGUACUGAGUUUGGCCAAGUGUUUGGCCGAUUUACAUGCCACAUGCUUGAAUUUGGAGGGUCAGCCUUGGAAAGAAUUGGAAAAUACACCACUACAGACCGAUUACUUAGCCAUGAGCGUUACGCCACGGUAUUUACCCGCUUUGCAACAUAAAUGUCCUGGUAAGAGUUUGUAAAGAAAGUUUUUGCUAUUUGACGGUUCGUAAAGAAAGUUAUUGCCGUUUUAUGUUCUGUAAAGAAAGUUCUUGCCAUUUAUGUUUUGUAAAGAAAGUUCUCGCCAUUUAAUGUUCUGUAAAAAAAGUUCUUGCCAUUUUAUGUUUUGUAAAGAAAGUUCUUGCCAUUUUUAUGUUCUGUAAAGAAAAGUCCUUGCCAUUUUUAGACGUCUACAAUGAAUUCCUCCCUCUCAAAAAAAUGGUCAACCCAGAAUUCCUAAAAUACUGUAUAAUUGAUCGUGCUGUGGAGAUGAAUGCCAUAGGCUUCGUUUAUGGUGACUGCUACGGUAAUAACACCUUGUUCAAGAAAAACCCUGAUGGAAGUAUUGGUAAUGAAUUGGCUGGUUUUGUGGACCUGCAACUGGUUGGGUGGGGUAAGAAAAGCAUUUAAAGCCAAUAUAUAACCUACCAUGCCCUAAAAUACCCUACCCUACUCUACCUUAAUGUUUGUUAACAAGCCCCGAAUUGUAAUAGAGUCUUUAGAAAGCUUAUGUGCUCCACCUUGUAGUAGAGCGUUCCAAAAUUUCUCUUAUCAGCCACUGAGAGUUCAGAGCCGAAACAUGAGCUAACCUCAAACUUGGGUUAAUAAACCGAAGAUGUUAUCUUUGCUUCUACUCUAAAGAGAAAGCUCUAUUUCUUUUCGAGUGAGUUUGACUCCAUUCCAGGAGUUGUUCUAGCGAUCCUCCACUCUCUCUUAUAUUAAUCAUGAGCGCGCCGACGCUUCUUUUUACUCUUUAUCUCUAACGUAUGUUAACAUAGUGUAUUAGAAAGCAGAAACGCAACCAUUUAACUGUCUCUAAACACACGAGAGAGAUAAAGAGUGAAAAGAAGCGUCGGCGCGCUCAUGGUUAAUAUAAGAGAGUGGAAGAUCGCUUGAACAACUCCUGGAAUGGAGUUAAACUCACUCGAAAAGAAAUAGAGCUUUCUCUUUAGAGUAGAAGCAAAGAUAACAUCUUCGGUUUAUUAACCCAAGUUUGAGGUUAGCUCAUGUUUCGGCUCUGAACUCUCAGUGGCUGAUAAGAGAAAUUUUGGAACGCUCUCAACGUGGAGCUCAUAAGCUUUUCUGAUGCUUCUACUACAAGGUGGAGCUUAAUAAGUGCCUUCCCUAACGUUUUCACAACUUUUCAAUCAUCUACCCUGCCCUACUUUACCGUAUCCUACCUUGUCCGAGCCUACCCUACCUUACCCUAACUUACCCUACCUUAUCUAUCUAUUCUACCCUGACCUGCCAUAACCUUUACCCUAUAUCAUCAUACCGUUUUCUCUACCCUACCGUACUCUACCAUUACCUUUAAAACUUUAGGAAACGGCUUAUUCGACCUCGCCCGCUUCAUAACAAUCUGUGUAGACGCCGAAAUCCGUCGUCAAUACGCAGAAGAAGCCUUCGUUACCUACUACAAUCACUUGUCUUCCCAAGUCAAACAACCAGUUCCGCAGACUCUCGAGCAAGCUCGUGAGCUGUUCGAUUUAGCCACAAUACAUCAAGCCAUUUACUAUGUAUUUCUGAUACCGGCUAGUAUGUUGGGCAAUGCCAGAGGAGUAUCCCCUGAAGUUCUUGAAGCUCGAAUGGCCAAGCUUCAACUGAGGGGCAGAAUGGCAUUCAGAGACGCAGUUAAACUGCUUCAGAAGUACGAUUUGAAGCGGUUUGAAAACAAGGAGUGA